AUGGCGAGCGCUUUAAUAUCGAACCCGUACGCUGCCCAGCAGAGCGCACACUACGGAUAUGUCCAGCCGCCUCAGCCCCCCCCAUCGCCUCCCAUGGACGAGACAUCAAAGUGCUCGCUUCCCUCCAUCUCGAAUCUCCUCGGCCUCGCCGACCAGGGCUCGCCCACAUCAGAGACUCACCCUCAAAUCCCUCAGCAAGGUACGGAUCGAGCCGACUACCAGCAACAUGGCAACAGCUACACCAGCAGCAGAAGACUGACGCUGGAUUCAGCAUGCUCCCAAAAGUCCGAGACGAGGCCAAACUCGUCCCACUACGGCCGUGGCGGUCUCCCCCCUUCGCCGCCCAUGAGCUCUGACGCCUCGUUCGACGGCUACAACUCGCCCUCGACAAGAUCCGUCAGCCAGCUCUCCGUCGUCUCCCAGCCCCAGAGCAACUACUACUACGAGUCGACGCCUCCUCUCGAGGCCGACGCCCACCGCCACAUGGCUCCCAUGGUCUCCAGAGUCCCCGUCCAGGCCUCGUACGCCCAGCAGCCCUUCCAGCACGCCUACAUGCCCGCUCACAACCCCAUGGCCGCCUCCUACUACCCGUCCAUGCAGCCCACGCCUCCUCCCCAGGCCCAGAUGUCUGGCAUCUACUACCAGCGCCCUCUCCCCCAGCAGUUCCCUCCCAUGGCUCCUGUGCCCGUCGGUCUCGGCCCUGCCGGAUCCAACCCGUGGCAACACCACCACUACAUCUCUCCCUCCUCGGCCGCCUCGUUCCCCCAGAGCCAGGACCGGUACAUCUGCCAGACUUGCAACAAGGCCUUCUCCCGCCCCUCCUCCCUCCGCAUCCACAGCCACUCGCACACGGGCGAGAAGCCCUUCAAGUGCCCGCACGCCGGUUGUGGCAAGGCCUUCAGCGUCCGCAGCAACAUGAAGCGUCACGAGCGCGGCUGCCACAACUUCGAGAGCGGCAGCAACUAA